CGGGUCCGAAAGGCUCUCCUGGGUGGAAAGUUCCUGGUCGCCCCAUUGUUUGUGCUCCUGUUCGGCUUCCCUUCGCCCGGGCACCUGCUGAAAUGAACCGCUUGUUUGGCAAGUCGAAGCCUAAGGCGCCGCCUCCGAACUUGACGGACUGCAUUGGCACGGUGGAUGGCAGAGCAGAGUCUAUUGACAAGAAAAUUUCUAGGCUUGAUGCAGAACUGGUGAAGUAUAAAGAUCAAAUGAAGAAAAUGAGGGAGGGGCCUGCAAAGAACAUGGUAAAGCAGAAAGCCCUGAGGGUGUUAAAACAGAAGCGAAUGUAUGAAAACCAACGGGAUAACCUUGCCCAGCAGUCUUUCAAUAUGGAACAAGCCAAUUACACCAUCCAGUCUCUGAAAGAUACAAAAACAACGGUUGAUGCCAUGAAAGUGGGAGUGAAGGAAAUGAAAAAGGCUUACAAACAAGUAAAAAUUGAUCAGAUUGAGGAUCUGCAAGACCAGUUGGAAGAUAUGAUGGAAGAUGCUAGUGAAAUUCAGGAAGCACUGGGGCGUAGUUAUGGGACUCCGGAGAUCGAUGAAGAGGACUUGGAGGCAGAAUUGGAGGCGCUGGGUGAUGAACUUCUUGCUGAUGAAGAUACCUCUUAUCUAGAUGAAGCUGCAUCUGUUCCAUCAAUUCCAGAGGGCGUGCCAACUGACGCAAAAAACAAAGAUGGUGUACUGGUGGAUGAAUUUGGACUGCCACAGAUCCCUGCAACAUAACUCAAGUUCAUUGGAAAUGCUGUUUCUCAUCUUACAAAUUUCUAAACAAAAACAUUUGAGGUGGUGGAGAAUAUAGCUUUCCAAUAACACUCAAUAUCACUACGUUAUGAAAUAUGGAGUGAAUGACGACUGUUCAUUCUCCCCCUCUGAACAUAUUUUAUUACUAGCUUUUCUAUUAACAGCAAGAAAUUGGUAGUACUUUUUCCUUCAGUGAGAUCCAUUCAAAGUUCUAAAAUUUUGCUUCAUCACUCUUGUAGAAGUAUUGUAUUUGGGAUUAUUUAUAGUUUUCUUUGAUUUCUCUGAAUAACAAAGGGUGGUUGUGAUAGUUUAUCUUCAAAUAACUUUAUUGUGCUUGCUUUAAUUAUACAUAUUUUCUAAGAAUACUUCAGUUCUGGCUUUAUUGCUAAUGGGUUAUAUCCAGACGUAGUCAAUCUUGGAAUAGACCCAUUGAAAUCAACAGAACAUGUUAAUCCAUUAUUUCAGUGGGGCUACACUAAGCAUAACUAGAACUGGAUCCAAACUUAUUUAUUUGCUAUAGCUUUUAAUGUAGUUGUUUAAGAAAUACAUGCAAAGGAGAUGGUAUAAUCCAUAAUCCAUUUUGACAUAAAUUAUAUACCAUAUAGGGUAGCGUGAUGCUAUUGUGUGGUAUUUUUCUAAGACAUUUUUCCUUUUGUGUCUACUACUGGUAAAGACCAAGCUAUCAACUUCUUAACUUGAUUGAUUUCCAGCUUUCCAUUUCUACAUGGGAACUAUUUAUAUGUAAUUCUGUUUUGGAAAGUCCAGAUUCCAAAAAAGCAUCCCAGCAUCAUCCUUAUUUUUUGGAGAAUGUAAAGUCCUAGUCGUAGCUAAUAUUUUGGGAGACACAGUUUGAGAGAGAUGGACAGUAAUGAGACAGCACCCCCACCUGAAAGUCCCAUUGUUAGUCACCACUUUCUCCAAUACACCUCAGUGGGUUGGCAGCUGGGGUGAGGCCACUUGGUACUUUUUAGGGGGUUGGAUCUUGGCUAUGGGCUUCCCGCUAGAGAUGGGGGAGAAAUUCAUUCAGUUUACAUUUUAAUGCAAACCUACCUAAUUAGCAUUUCAUAAACCAAUCAAUGUGUGAACUAAAACAGUUUCCUUCACUA